AUGACUCGUGGCCCUGACCCUCAGUCUUCCAUUGAAGAACGUAUUCAAAAUUUAGAUCCAUCCAAAUGCAAUUUCUUCACACAAUUUCCUUUAUCAAAAGAAACUUUAAAAGGUUUAAAAAUGUCCGGUUACACAAAACCGACUACAAUUCAAAAACUAGUCAUAAAACCUGCUCUACUUGGACAAGAUGUAGUUGCUCAAGCACCUACUGGUAGUGGCAAAACGAUUGCAUUUGUAAUCCCUGUACUUGAAUUGCUUCAUCAAAAUAAAGUAUCCAUGUUAGAUGGUCCUGUUGCUAUAAUUCUUACACCAACUCGAGAAUUAUCACGACAAAUCUAUAGUGUAUUUACCAAAGUUGCUCGUGAACAUCGAUUUACAAUGAUGAAUAUUAUGGGUGGUAAAGUUACGUAUUGGGAUGAAGAUUUGGCAAAUCUAGCAGGCAGACAAGCAAGAGCAUGUGAUCUGAAUGUUGAAUAUAAGAAGGCUGAAAUAGAAAAAGUAUAUCGCGAUACAAUUGGGAUAAACACAGCGGAUAAUAACAAUGUUACAAGUGCUGUAAAAUCAUGGUUUGAUGAAUAUAAAUGGUAUAAUUUCAAAAGCAAUAAAUGUCAAGGUCGUAGGAAUUGUUUACAUUAUAAAAAAAUGGUGUCAAGUGAAGCUGAAUUCAUAGGUUGUGCUGUCGGGAGAUGCGGACAUUAUACUCAAGUCGAAUCAGGUCAAAUAAUCGUAUGUUAUUAUUCACCAAUAUUUCCUGAAUCCAAAUUACAACGAAAAGUUUCCAAAGAAUCAUCAAGUUUAUUAGCACGUAAAUUAGAUUUAACUCAGUCAGCACGAUUAGCAUUUACUGCUUAUCUACGUGAUUAUUGUUUAAUGGCUAGAAGAAAACCAGUUAAACAACAACAACAACACCAGCAACAACAACCAAAUGAAACAUUGAAUGUGUUCAAUGUUAAAGAUUUACCAAUAGAGAAAUAUGCUAAUUCACUUGGUUUACCAUUUAUAUCAUCACUUCCUAAAGAAUAUAUUCAACUAGUUCCGGAUUCAAUGAAAUUCAUCAAAACUUUUCCAUCGAUUACAUCAAAUUUACCGUUAGAUAAUAAUGUCGAUCAAUUAUCCGAUGUCAAUCCAACUACUACCACUGCUACUACUACUACUAAUACUACUGAAAAGGCAUUCCAUUUAGGCAAUGUGGAUCAAAAUCAAGAUAACGAUGAUGAUGAUGAUGAUGAUAAUUUGCUUAUUAAAAAGAAUUCAUCGGAUGUUGUCGUAUCAAAUUCAACUGGAUUAAAAUUGUUAGAUUUUGUUCAAAAUUCAAGUACCGAUGAUGAUCAUAAUGAUGAUGUAGACAAAGAUAGUCAGAGUAAAUUUGAUCCAUAUGAAAGUAGUAGAAAAUCUAACAGUAAAACGAAAAAUUUAACUCGUGUACAAUUAGCAAAGAAAGAAUUAAAACAGAAAAUUCGAUCGCAUCGAAAAUUGGAAUUCGAUGAAGAAGGCCAUGUGAUAUGUGAAAAAAUCGGUGAUAUCCCAAUCGCUAAGCCUCCUCUAAUACCACCUGUUGAUGAUGUUGAAAUGUCAGAGCCAACGUCAUUCAAUGAAGCAUUGAACAUUGAUCGUGAACGUCGUCUAUUGCAUGAAAUUAUUGAUAAAGAAGAUAAAAAACUAUGGCGUCAACGUAUUCGUGAACGACAUCGUGCUGAACGUAAAAAAUUAAAAGAGGAAAGAAAGAAAUUAUCACAAUCAAAUGGUCCAAAAGUUACAUUGAAAGAAGAAAAUUCCACUGAUUCCAAUAUGGAAGAUUGAAUAAGAAGAUUCUUAGAUUGAUUUAAUUUGGUAGUUGAUCGAAUGUAUAUAUAUGUGAUCAUGAUGAAAAGAACCU